ACAUUGCCAGUGUUAACUAACAUGUAUCCAAGAGUGCACUUUCAGCUACUACCAGUACCAGCUCAAACAAAACAAAGUAGCUAGCUAGCAAUAUUUAUCAAGAUUUUUGGCUAACCAAAUUGUUAGUGUUAGCUACUGAUUCCUUCUCGCCUUAGAAGUCAGAAAUGACACACAAUGCUGAAUAAAUGGAUAUCUAACAUGAUCAACGUUACUGCAGUGUUCUUAAACUGAGUGCAUACAACCUGCCCAAGGGUUUAAGAGAGGGAAUGGAGGAGGGCUACUAGUCGAUGGUUUUGGACUGAAGAUGUUUACAAGAUGAUGUCGUUCUGUUAAACGUACCUGUCAUCCGGCAGCUGUACCACUGGGACUGCGGCUUGGCUUGUUCGCGAAUGGUUUUUAAUGGGCAUGGGUUCAUUGUGUUCUGUAGGUACCUUCACCCUGUGAGUGAAGAGGACUUCCAGAGUGCUUGUUGGGAGCUAAAGCUGACAGAGAGUGUGUGGACAAUCGACUUGGCCUACCUCAUGUGCCAGCUUGGAGUCAGACACCUGUUCUGCACUCAGACGCUGGGUGUGGACAAGGGCUUCAGGAACCAGUCAUUCUACAAAAAACAUUUUGAAACCGAAGAGGACAGAGUCAACGAACUCUUUCUAAAAGCUGAGAGCAAAGGAGUGGUAGUCAAGAAAUGCUCAGUGACCAUCCAGGAAAUUCAGAACCACUUGGUUCAGGGCCAUGUGGCCAUCGUGCUGGUCAACGCCGUAGUGCUGGUGUGCGAACUCUGCUCCACACCAGUGAAGUAUUGCUGCUUCCUCCCUGUGGGCCAGAAGUGCUUCUGCAGGAAACCCGAAUACCAAGGCCACUUUGUGGUGGUGUGUGGCUUCAACAGCGGCACCGGCUGUAUUUUCUACAACAACCCCGCCUACUCUGACCGGGUGUGUUGCACCAGCAUCAGUAAUUUUGAGGAGGCCCGCAUGAGCUAUGGGACAGAUGAGGACAUUCUCUUCGUCUACAAGGACAGCUGAUUUGGGGGCAGGCCUCUGGAGCUCCGCGUCAGGUCUUGCCAUCUUCACUGUGAAAGCGCGGUGUUUUUUAUUUUAAAAGGCUGACUGUACCAAGAAUGUGACACUGUGCAAUUUUUCACCUCUCCCAUUUCCCUCAGUACAAGCCAUGUUGAAUUAAGCAAAUUAAGGGAUAACUGUUUGAAAAUAUUUAAAUGAAUUUAUUUUGUAAAAGAACUGAAUGUAGAAAAAAAGAUGAACUGUUGCCAUUGUUUUGGUUUUUAUUUGCUACAUGUUUACUUUGUUGAAACUAUUCGUUAACAAGGAAGUGCGUGAUUAUUUACUUCACCUUUAGUAAGCAGAUGGCGUGGGCUGGUUUGUAGACAUUAGAAAGACUAACAAGGAUGUGUUAUGUCCAUGCUUUGCAGUAGAUCCUUGCGAUUUCUGACCCGGAGUGGUGGUUUUGCACAUAAGGGUGUACAUUGGAGGACUGCCCAUAAUGGGCAGCACUAGGAUUUUAUUUAUUAAUAGUAGAUUUUGAUUUUGAUUUUUUUUUUUUUUAAUGGGUUGUCUAUACACUGCUUUUAUUUUUCAAAAACAAAUUCAUUAAGUCAUUUUGGUAUUUACUUGGAGUAUUCUAAUAAUAUUGGGGAAAGAGGGAGUCCGUUUCUUUUCAGUGCUUCAGGAACUGUUCUUAAAGUCCUCACCCUGUGGUGACCGAGUAACCGUGGAAAAAGGGGCAUGUUACUUUGCAAUAUAGCUGGACUUGGGGUCUAAUUAAAGGGAAAGAUGGGACCCUUUAUACCCGUAAGAAUAGAAGCCCAAAACUAGAUAUACCACUGAGGUCCAUUCCUGUGUGCCAGAUGUCAAAUGUGACUGUGUAAAUGAAAAGGGACAGGGUUAUUACAGUCACUGAUGUCAGCUUUUUCCACUUAAAAAAAUUCAGUACUAUUCAUAUGUCGAUUUAUACAAGCUGAAAUUAGUCACUAGCAAUGGCAUGCUGGUAUGAUAAAUGCAAGGCUCUACAGUUUAUCAAACGUAAGGUUUAGCAAUGCAGGUAUUAUUAGGAGCGAUGCUGAGAAUAAGUGUUGCUCAGAUCUAUUCCUGGGGGUACAGUACAUGGAGUGUGCUGUUAUUUGCACCAGCUAACAUUUCAAUUAAUUGGCUUUGAUUUAGCAGUUGCUUGUAUACUAAUCUGGAUCUGACAUGACGCACCACCGAUACAUAUUAGCUGUCAGUUCUUUGUUCCAGAUACAGGAUGUUGGAAACGUGUGUAUUCAGAUGUAAUUAAUCAAUGUCAUUUCUAUUAAUUCUUGAGUCCAUUAAAGAAGUCCCUAAUGGACAGGUCUUCUACUCAUUAAGUAGAGAGUUGUCCAGUGGAACGUAGAACAAGUUGCAAACCAUUUACGCACAAUUGAGACCGCAGCAUUGAAUUUAACUGUUAAAAUGUGUUGAACAAUUGUACUCCCUUCAAACAAAAAAUUAAAACAUUUAAAAGUUUUCAGUUAACAGCCCAGUCAAAUCCAAUUAUUUGAGGGCUCAACUGAAACCAAAAUGUGAAAACUCAGUGGGUCAAUUGCAGUGUGCUUAGCUGGAGAUUUAACCUCUAGACCACAGAACUGCAGAACAACUGGAACAGCUAUCCGAAGCUGAGAAAUAAGGAUUAUCUGUUCCAGUUAUAAUACAGAUCUGUGUUUUAGAGGUUUAAAUAAGCACACUGUAAUUGACUCAGUAGGUCCCCAACAUGGGAUUUUAAACGCAUGACCCUUUAACUAGAAACGUUGUAAUCUCCCACCUAUGGUCUGUCUGCAGUACUGAAUGUAGCCACCAACUUCACAAUUACCUAGGAUUGAAUACCAGUAAACAUUUCAUUAAGCCUGACAAGUAAAUACAACUUCCGGCCAGUCAGACACUUUUUUUCUUAUUUACCACUAACAUAUAUUUCAGUCUCAUUUGUGUGCAGAAUUAUUUUACUAAACAAGGGCCCUGAAAUUCAGAAUUGCCAAACAGAAUUUGUGAACAAGAAUAGCUGCAUUCUUCACAAAUUCUCCAUGACAAUAGCUAAGCAUGACGCAAUUCUGAAGACCUUCAUUAAGCAGUGUCACAAACCCUAUUAUAAUAUUCUUGCUGUUGAGGUAUUUAAAACUCAAAUGUAAUGGAUAUACACUGCCAAAUGUGUGUCAAUAUAAAAUGUAACCAUUAAUUCUGCUGUUUGCUCACAUGUAUUUAGAUUAAACCAAGUGUUGGUGUGCAGAUAUUUGCUGGGGUUGAGACUCAAAAUGUUCAGUAUUACAACAUCUGAAAGUUGGGAAGGUAACUUGUCGUACUCUGGUGGUAUCAACUCAAACCAGGGUGCCUGACUAAGGUCAGUCCAGCUGUGGAAGCUUCUCUAGUACCCUGCAUUGCUUUCUCCCAUGCUGUGAAGGCUAACCCAUUAGCAGAGACUGCUUGUAUGUCAUCUAAAAUCCAUUGAAGCCUUGUGAUUUGAACUGGUUCAGUCCACAUUCAAAAUGUAUAUCCAACCUUCAGAAUUUAAGAUGAGUGAGAAUGCUACUGCUGUUAAACCCCUUUAACCAUCAGGACCCUCUUUAAAAAAAUCAUGUUGACAAUUUCAUAAUGUGUACGGUGCUAGUUGUUAUAAGAAAUGAUAUCUCAAGGGUAAAGGUAUUGCACUACAUUUUCUUUUAAAUGCCAUCCAUAACUGAGUGUCAUCCAAUAUUUAAUGGAGAUGUUCCCCAUCAGAAUCUAGGGGUAUGAUUAGUUUCCAAUAAUUCCUGCUUGUGCAUUUUUUUGUUAAGCACAUGAGGGAUAUUUUAAAAUGGCAAACUUUAUUUUUAUGAAAUAUAAUAUUACAUUUAUGUUAUCAAUAAAGGAAAGUAUGUUAUGUA